AUGCAUAGAAUAUUAGAAUUUUAUUCAGGAAUUGGAGGGAUGCAAUAUGCCUUUCAAUUAUCAAAUAAUUCGGGUGAUAUCCUUGCAGCAUUUGAUAUCAAUACGGUAGCGAAUUCGGUAUAUAAACAUAACCUCGAAAAGUUCAAGAAAAAAUCAAUCAUACAGCAGAAAAGUAUCGAAUCAUUAUCUAUAAGCUAUUAUGAUUCGUUUAACGCGAAUGUAUGGUUAAUGUCACCACCAUGUCAACCAUACACUAGAACAGGUUUACAUAAAGGUUCAUCUGAUCUACGGGCGAAAUCCUUUCUUUUUUUGAUUGAUAUGUUGUCAAAGAUGUCUUCUCCUCCUACUUAUAUUUUGAUUGAAAAUGUUAAAGGAUUCGAAGAAUCUGAUACUAGAAAUACCCUUGUAACUCAAUUAAAGAAUUGUAAUUAUAAUUAUCAAGAACUUUUUAUUACACCAGUUCAAUUAGGAAUUCCAAAUUCGAGACUUCGAUACUACAUGCUGGCAAAGAAACAACCUCUUAUCCUCAAAGAAUCGGAUCGUUCAAAGAUUUUUUACCAUAUUCCUUGCUCUUCAUACAAUCAACCAUUAUCUUCUGAUUUAAUAAUUAGACCUAUUGAUGAUUUCUUACAUGAUGAUGUGAAUUACGAGAAAUAUUCCGUUCCUAACGAGACUUUGAUUAAAUAUGGAAAGUUGUUUGAUAUAGUUAAACCAUCUUCGCGUCGUAGUUGCUGCUUUACCAAAGGAUAUUAUCAUUACGUAGAGGCAACAGGUUCGAUCAUACAAUUAUCCGAAGAUUUAGAUUCAGAUAAAGUUUUCAAUAAAGUUGAACGAAAAGGAUCAAUCUUGGGACAAGAAAACAUUGAUUUAAUUCCACGAUUAAAGUUAAGAUAUUUCACCGAAAACGAAAUUGCUUCUAUUAUGGGAUUUCCGAAAGAAUUUUCAUUCCCUGAUGAAAUUACUUUAAAACAAAGAUAUCGAGUUUUAGGGAAUAGCAUUAACGUUAUAGUUGUUUCCGAAUUAAUAAAAUAUUUAUUGUCGGAUUAA